AUGGAGAAUCAAGAAGUAGAAGACAUUCAACCACCAGUCCAUGUGGAGGAUCAGUUUGAUGAAGUAGCACCAAGGCCAGCAAACAGAAUCCUAAGGGAUUAUGCUAGACCUGACCGCUUCAACUAUGAAUCGAGUGUCAGAAAACCCCUAGUGGCAGACAACAACUUUGAAAUCAGGACUGAUCUGAUUCAAAAGAUUCAACAGUCUUGCAUCUUCACUGGAGACACAAGUGAAGAUCCACACAGUCAUUUAAUUGACUUUCUGGAACUUGUUGAAAUAGCUAAGUAUAAUGGAGUACCUCCUGAAGCUAUCAAGUUAAGGCUAUUUCUUUUUUCUUUAAAAGGAGAUACUAAGACUUGGUUGCGAAGUUUGCCACAAGGUUCCAUUACCACAUGGGAUCAAAUGACUCAGAAAUUUUUAAACAAAUAUUUUUCCCCUACUAAAACCACAAAGUUAAGACAUGAAAUAUCUAAUUUCUUGCAGACUGACAUUGAGUCAGUUUAUCACGCUUGGAAAAGAUUAAAAGCAAUGUCAAAAAAAUGUCCACACCAUGAUAUUCCUGAACACAUGCAACUGUAUAUUUUUUAUCACGGGUUAAAACCCUCUGCUAGAAAUGUGAUUGACGUAGCAGCAGGAGGUUCUGUAAUGGGAAAAACCACAGAGGAAGCAUUACAAUUGUUGAACGAUAUUUCUGAGAAUGCCAUCCAAUGGCCAUCUGAGCGGGUAAUCAUCAAGAAGGCUGUUACGGUAAAUCAGGUUGAUGCUUUAAAUACACUAACGCAGCAAAUUGUUUCUUUGGAACAAAAGUUUGAAUCUUUUCAAGUGAAAACACAACAACCAAGCCAAUCCGAGGCUUGUGACAUGUGUGGAGGAAACCAUCUAAACCAUGAAUAUCAAGCAAACAAUCAUAAUGACGAACAUGUCCAUUCUGUUGGUUAUAAAUCGUACCCUUUUGGGAGUUCAAUGGCACAAAAGCAUUCAGGAUUUCUAUGGAGCAAUCCAAAUGGUGCAGAGAACUCUCAAAGCUUCCAGAACCAACAAGUACAAGGUCCGUUGGGAUACCAGAAUCAGAACCGUGGGCAACCAAACUAUAGACCUUAUCAACAAGCAGGUCCAUAUCAGCAAAGGGCUCAACAAGCUCAUUCAAGUCUUGAUGACCUUUUGUAUAAGUACAUUAAGGUCGCUGAUGAAAAGAUGGAAAGCCAGUGUUCAGCCCUCAAAAAUCUGGAAAUUCAAUUAAGCCAACUGGCAACUCUUAUGUCAGAAAAGAUUUAA